CAUUCCAAGAUUGAGCAUAUCAUCCGGAAGGUAACGGAGGAGAAGUUUUGGGGCGGAGCCAUAGCUUUGGCUGUUAACGCAGAAGAACAUGUCGCUGAAGCAAAAGCCUCGGAGAUGCCAAGACACCCAUCCGCAGCGCAGAAACGCCCAACAUCCAAACCAUUUGGUCGUCAAGCGCUUGCAAUCAUCUGCUUGUCGCCUUGCAUGGCCGGCGAGCGCUUCCUGCCAUUCUCCAUCGAGGAAUAUCCACAGUAUAUUACUCCAGAUAUGCCCGAAUGUUCUCCCCACACCUUGUCUUGGACGGAGAAAAGGGUUGAUACACUGCUACAGCAUUUGUCGAAUUGCAAAGCCGAAAGAUCGUUGGAUGGGCGCUCACUCUCAGUUCCCCUAUUCUACCGCAAUAAACCCCGUUCUCGUUUUGCGUUUUCUUGAAUCCAGGAGGGUUUUAAUUUUUGUAUGGCGAAUAAUUAUCUGAUGCCCUGUCGGGUUGUUUUAGCCCAUGAUGCCACCAAGGAGCGAAGCGAACGGGAGCUGAAGAUCAGUCUCAACAGUGUUCGAGCAGAGAAAAUUCUUCGCGAAGGGGACACCCUUAUGCUGCUUGGAGUCUUGCAUAAAGUCCCACACCCCAUGGGUUACCAAAUGCAAGCCUCCCCUAUUUCUAUUACUGGAACAAACAUUGCUGCAAUAAAAGAUGAAAUUUCAAGAAAGGUUGAUAUGUACGUGAACAUGCUUGCACAAAGUGCUAAAGAAUGUGAAACUGAAAAGGUUGAAAUAGAAGUCAAGAUCACUGCUGGAACUCCCAUCAAGAAUGUUGUAAUACAAGAGGUUAAAAAUUAUAAUCCAACUUGGGUUAUACUUGAUAGGUACCUCAAAAAGGAUUUUUGGUUUUACAAUAAACAGAUACCAUGCAAAGUUGCAGUAAUUCAAGAUGACUUGUCAGUGAAAGUGUUGAGAGAUCAACCAACUACUGAUAUGGAAAAUGUGGAACAUAAGCUGGUCUUUUCUAUGACCAAGCAAGUGCCAAUUGCAGUUGCUCAAGAUAAUGAGAACAGUGAACAGUCUGUUAUCUCUUGCAGGAGUUAUUCUGCAUCUUUGAAUUCGAUAGAAAGUUCUGAUGGACUCAAGAACAACUUGGCCCCUUUAUUUAUGUCUAUUUCACACGAGCAAAGUUCUUCAUCUGAUAAGUUAGCCACCACUUCAAAGCUAGAAAAAUCAGCAGGCAGGAAAUUUGAAGGGAAAACUAUCUAUCCUACUUCUCCACCAAUGAUUCUUAAACAACAAAAAUAUCCUAGCUGGCAGCAUGCUUCUGAUGCACCUGUAAUUUGUACUGGUUGUGGAUUGAAGACUGAGUUAUAUAUCAAGGACUCCAUGCAACUUAGUUUUUCUGAGAUACAGGUUGCAACUAAUGAUUUCUCAGGCCAGAACUUGUUAGGAGAAGGUGGAUAUGGUUUCGUUUAUAAAGGAAAGCUAAAAAAUGGACAGGUUAUUGCUGCGAAGGUGAGGAAGGAAGCUAGUGCGCAGGGUUUCCCAGAAUUUCAUUCUGAAGUACAUGUCUUAAGAUUUGCACGUCACCAGAACAUUGUAAUGCUUCUUGGUUACUGUUGCAAGGAAAAUCUUAACAUUUUGGUCUAUGAAUACAUCUGCAACAAGUCUCUUGACUGGCACUUGUUUGAUGACACAGAAAAUGUUCUUGAGUGGCAACAAAGGCAUGGCAUUGCCAUUGGAACUGCUAAAGGACUGCGUUAUCUACAUGAAGAGUGCAGGGGAAGUCCCAUAAUUCAUCGGGACAUGAGGCCGAGCAAUAUACUGCUUACACAUGACUUUGUUCCCAUGCUAGGUGACUUUGGCCUUGCAAAGUGGAAGACAAAUGAUGUUCCUAUCCGAACAAGGAUACUUGGUACAUUUGGAUACCUUGCUCCUGAGUAUGCAGAAAAUGGUAUAGUUUCUCCACAAACAGAUGUCUAUUCUUAUGGCAUUGUCCUGAUACAAUUGAUAUCAGGACGCAGAGUGGUUGACUCGAAGAGAGAGGACCAAAAACAGUCCCUGAGACAGUGGGCAGAACCGCUGAUUGAGAGGCUUGCCUUACAUCAACUCGUUGAUCCCCGUAUUGGAGAUUCAUAUGAUACAUAUGAAUUGUACCUCAUGGCAAAAACUGCAUACCUAUGUGUGCAAAGUAACCCAGAGCUGCGCCCAUCAAUGGGAGAGGUUGUCCGCCUUCUUGAAGGGGAGAACGACCAUUUCCAGAAUUUGGCAGAGCAAUUCAUCCCCCACUUUUCUAAAUGAAGGAAGGGUAAAGUCCGCCCUAACCUUUUGUGGUUUGGACCAUAUUUCUAUCGACAUCACCUAUGGGGUAGCUUCAACAAAGGAGAAAAAAGAAAACUAUAGAGAGAUCCAAAAUACAAAAGGUAAUGUCUAUAAAAAUGACGCAAAUCACAUAGAAUCGGGGUGGAAUUUACCCGUAGAAGAAUGGCAUCCUGUGAUAACAUUUCGCAUGCUGGAAUGAAAGGAUUCGGACCACAGUGAAUCCAAACACAUGGUGUCUUGUCAGCUCGUAGUACCUUGAGAUUUUCUUUUUCUUUUUAUUUUAGCUCUUUUUAGAUGUAAACCAAAUUCGCGGUGUGUUGCAAUAGGAGGAGGGAGGGGGUACACUGCAUCUGAAUAAAAGCACUGCAGGUUUUAAAUUCCAGCAAUCGAUGGAAUAACAUUUUUAUCAUUUUCAGUUUCUGUUUUCAAUUCCAACUCCUUGCCCAUGGAAGAAUAGAAUAGGCAUUUUUUGUUUUUUUUCCUUUACCAUAUUAUUAGGGUAGGUAACAACACAAGGAGGCUGGUGGUUAUAAUAAUGCAGGGCGGUUAGCUACUACUGGUAGCUCUGCGGUGACCGGACGGAUUUUGUCUUGUGGGUAGGAGAAAGUAUUAUAAGCAGCAGCAGCUCCACAGGCUCUGCUUCUUGUUGCAUUGUAAUGUAAUAUUCAGUGCUUGUUUCAUUUAUGAGGGAAGGGAGAAGAUAAAAAAAUUAAGUCUUGUCUGUGUAUAUGAUUGCUCAAAUCUUGCCUGCUUGAAGUUGAAGGAUGCUGCUCUUUUAUCUCAUCAAUAAUUCCUCAUUAUCAACUA